AAAAAUUCGGCAUUCGGUGCGGAAACAUUUAACGAAGUUUUUGUUCAAAAAUGAAGUGGUUCCCGCUGGUGGUUUGGAAUGUUCCGACGGAGCCCUCGAUGGCGAUCCUAGAAAGUGUUGUGUGAAGAAAUCGCUUCGGUUUUUACAGCAGAUCGCGCGUGUUCUAAUUUUGUGUUCUCGAGUGCGCAGUUUUUUUAUGCACCUUGCACUUCCUGCACCGACUUGUUUCUGUGGAAAGCCCCGGAGAGAACCGCUGGCUGCUGAUGUUGAAUGAAAUUCUCGUGCUACGCACGGGGAUACAUUUUCCGAUCCUGGGUGCUUCAGUUUCCCGAUCAACCUCGUCGGUUUCUUUCGGUAAUCCGUCCGUGCGUUUGUUAAGUGAUUAUUCUCCGUGUUGGUGUUGAUGGUUAAUUUUGUGCCUAGAACCGCUAGAACGUGAGCAGCAGUUUUUUCCGAGAAAGGCAUUGGCGCUAAGCGGCUGGAGCGUGUCACAGCGUGACUGUUUGAAAAAUCGCUAAGGAAGUAAAUAUUUGGCGUAAAAGAAUGAAUCAAGUGCGUGUUGUAGCGUGUCCAAGCAGCAGUUAUCAGCGUGGGCCGACAGAAGCAUAAUUCACGCAAAGUGGUCAAUAGGGUGAACAGACAAGCCGGCAACACGCUAGUACCGGCAGUCUCGCGACGAAACCAACGCUAUCUGUGAUAUAUUGUGAAAUGUUCAAAGUGCGUAACACGUGGUAGCUAGCCAGGUAUAUGGGGGGUAGGUUGACCGACCAGGCACAUAACUUCCUAUCGGAACGCUGCGGCAGGUGAUUGAAUUGAGUGCGUUUGUUGUGAGUGAGAUAUGGUAUGUAGCGUUCACUGAUACCCCGAGAUGGUUUCCAAUUUUAACGUGUUGUGACGUGUGUGAUGAAGUUGCAGCGCGCUCAAUGACCGUGCGCAGCUAUUUGGCAAAAAUUUUAGCUAGUCGAAAAGAUAAACCCCCCCUCCAAAGCGAAGCAAAGGGGUCGCAUUGAUGUUGCCGGAAGUAUGUAACGUUUAUAGAAAUAGAAAAGAGAUAACAAAGUGAAGUAUGGUGUGCUGGUAGUGGCGGCGCUGAGAGCUGAGGGAACUUGGUCAGGAGGAGGCGGUCUCUUCUGUCACACGCACGCCCCGUCCAUUCAUACCGAGACAACACAAUGCCUGAUGAAGCAGCUUAUCAGGUGUUCAAUUACGUGGAGAACAGCUUUCUCCACGUGCCAGUUGGUGCGAAUGGCGGUCAGGAGGAUACCUGCGAGGACAUAUGCCGGUGGAUCUGCGAGAAGCUGAAAAUUCGGCCCCUAGUGUUUUCGCUCAUCGGUUUGCGCAUACACGGCGACGCACACACACACACAAGGUUCCUAGCUGGAUGCAAUCGUCCCUCGACCGAUCGAAAGUACGACUUCCGUGUCCGCUUCAAGAUUCCGGAUCUAUCAUGCCUGAAAACGUUGGACCAGUCGUUGUUCAACUACUACUACAGCCAACUGCGGUACGAUCUCCUGCAGAACCGCAUACCGGAGAUCAACUAUCAAAAACAGGACCACAAGAGCAGAGUGCUGGGAUACUCCGUGAACGACAUGUAUCGAAAAAUGAUCGAGGACAACGUAACACUGGACGAGCUGCGACGGGAUAUCGACAAAUACAUCCCGCGCAAGAUUAACCGCGAGUAUUCGCUAUUCCUUUUCAACAAGGCUCACAAAGAAAUCUUCGACAAGCUCAGCUCCAUUCGCAACAGGGAUCAUGAUUUGAACUAUGUGAAGAACGUUUACAUCAAUGACAUCGACAACAUAGCCCCGGGUUAUCUGUAUGAAGAGUACAAUGCCGAAAUACCAUACCCAGGAGGUGAGCAGAGCUCACGCACCGGCAAAUGUCCGGUGAAGCUGCGCUUCCAACCGUACGGCAACACACGAUCCUCCCGAUCCACAUCAUCUAUUAAGCAAGACUCAAAAAGAAGCGAGAAUGAAAAGCUUGUGGAGGCGGAAGAUGCACGAGACAGUCCAGGGCUCAAAGUGCUAUACUCGAGCAAGUGGCAACAUGUGGCCAAUAUUGACGAGAUACUGUCCAUACUAGUGGAAGAACCUGAACGGAAGGUCAAUCUGGCACUUGAAGAUCAGGCUGACCCGUACUGCAUACACUUCCAUGAUCAGACUGAAAUGACUUCUUUUGUAACGUGUCUAGCUGGUUACUAUAGAUUAAUGUGCAAAUGGACGGUAUACUUAUGUCAAGAGUACGUUUCUUCGCCAUCUUUGAAUCGAUUGAAGGAACUCAAGUUCCACGGACCAAUCGGUGGAAAAUAUUCUACAGACAAAAUCCGUGAAAAGAACAGCACACCCGGUGCCUGCAUCAUACGGCAGUGUGAGGAAAACUUCGAUACAUACUUUGUGGAUAUGCUCGAAGACGCAGGUGUGAUAAAAACGUACAAGCUGAUCUACAAGUGCAUCGAUGAUCAGUGGCAUGUACAGCGUGAUAAGGAGACAGUCAUUCCGUGCAAUAGCUUGAAGGAAGCAUUUAGCAGUCUGAAUCCGGAGAUCACUAAAGUCUACCGAUUGCCACCUUCGGACAACGACAAUGCCCCAAACCUGCUGCUGUGUCGUACACUGCCAAAAGCAUCACCAAAGCGGCUACUGCAUGGUGGCCGACAGGAGCUGGGCCAGAAGCAAACAUGCAUCGUAAAUGCGAUGAAAGACUUGGUGAUCAAUCGAAAUGCAUUCGAGGACGAAUCGGAUGGAUUUACGCAGUGUACGCAGGCAGAUUUCCUGCUGCCGAACAAUAGCAAACUAGAGGUCAGUCUGAAGCUGCUGAAACCCGACAAAGAGGGUGAAUAUCUGAAAGAUUUCCUGCAGAUCGCCGAUUUAUGGGCGUCGAUCGAUUCCAUUGACAUCAUCAAGCUAUACGGAAUGACGUUGUACAAACCAAUCUCGAUGGUGCUCGAAUACGGUCGGCAUCGUCGGUUGGAUGAGUAUUUGCGCUCACAGCGCAACAUUCCACCGACGACACUGAUCGAUGUGGCUCACUCUGUAGCUCGGGCUGUGAACUAUCUGCAGAAGCACGGAAUAUUGCACGGCAACAUUCGUUGCGCGUCAAUGCUGGUGACCGAGCGGAAGGGUAGUGUUAUUCGAGCCAAACUUGCUGACCCCGGAAUGCAUGCGCACCGGCGGCUUACCAAGCACGAUUUGCUUUGGAUACCGUACGAGUAUCAGGAUCUGAGCGCCGCUAGCAUGUCAAAGAUACGCACCGAUCUGCAGGUGGAUGUGUGGGCCUGCACUUCGACACUGUGGGAAAUCUUUAGCCAUGGGAGAAAGAUGCACAUCUACAAACCGGCCGACUUUUUGCCAACGCGCAAGUGGCUCCAAACCAUGGUCAGCGAGCUGCGUGAGUGCAAGCAGAUCAUUGAAUGUCUUACAUACGGAUGGCACGGUGAUCCAGACAAACGCUAUGCACCGCAAAAGAUCAUCGGCUUGUUGGUGCACGCAAGACAAUUGGAUAACUACUGCACGGUAGGAAAUGGCCACAUCACUCCAACGCUUGGCCGAUCCAACGGCAAUGCCAAUGGUGGCAUCACAACCACUAACAUGCUGAAUGGAUCCCUGUUCAAGAACAGCAUCCUUUCAAUGGAAACCAGUGAGUAUGAUCCAGGUGCAGGAGGUCGUACCCAACGCGGGCGUCGGCAAGGCUUUCUUUACAGAAUGCAGGAACGUGACUAUCAGCCUGCUCGGUCACAUGCUUGUGGCUAUCAGGCAAAUCACCCGCCUGUCUCAUCGCCGUAUUGCCCUCCUACCCAGCAACAGUUCGAGUGCUUCCGGACUCCACCAGCAUCAACUUACAUGCAACUGUGUCGUACCACGCUACCGUUGCCAAAUUCAACCAUCGUUCGAACCGAUUGUACAUCUGCAUCGUCGUACGUCAGCAAUGGUAGCGACAGCGAGCUGAGAAGCAACGCAUCUAGCGGUAGCAGCUCAAUGCCGCUCAUCUCUGCUAACCGUGCCAAACAUUUCAGUGGUGAUUCGUAUCAGGAACGAACGUUCUACGAUUGCCCCGACUACAUACAGCUGGGACUCACUUCGCGUAUCAUCUUCCACGAGACGCUGGGCGAAGGGAAUUAUGGCCGAGUGUACCGUGGUACGCUGGAGGAAGGCUCCGCUUCUAUGCCGGUUGCACUGAAAACGUUGCAUGACGAUCGGCCCGAUAUGGAGCGUACGUUGAUUGAUUUCCAUCGUGAGGUGGAGAUCAUGAAGACCCUGCGGCAUAAGAACAUUGUGCGUUUCAUUCGCUUCAUCGAUGACCCACCGAAGUUUGUCGUAGUGAUGGAGUACGUACCGCAAGGAUCACUACUGUCGUUCCUGGGUUACGAACGUUACAAUCUCCAGGAGCUGGAUCUGUUGCGAAUGGCGCGAGACAUUGCAAAUGGAAUGCACUACUUGUUUGAGAAGAAAAUCGUUCACCGAGACCUAGCGGCAAGGAACAUUCUAGUCGAAAGUAUCGAUUGUGUCAAGAUUUCCGACUUUGGGUUGGCACAGAUGACUGAAGGUAGCAACUACUACGUAGCCCGGCAUGCACGCGAGCUUCCAAUCCGCUGGUACGCACCCGAAACGCUCGAAACGCAAAAAUAUUCCUUCCAAUCGGAUAUAUGGUCGUACGGUGUAACGCUGUACGAAAUGUUUACCUUCGGAAACACACCCUACGCUGAGGUGGACGUGCGUAGCGCUAAGCAACUAUAUGAUUUACUGCAAAUGCAAGAAAAUAUCCUGGAGCUACACGACAAUGCGUACGUAUAUGAACAGUUGAUGGUACCGUGCUUCAAGAGGAAUCCAAGCGAACGCUUGUCAUUCCAACAGCUACUAAAAUUGCUAGACGAGAUUAUUGGUCAGUCCGGAGAAGAGGUUUAAGCUUUUUCUCGUUGCAUCAUGGUGUACCAAAUGAACUUAAUGUAAGGCGAAUUCUUCAUAUUGGAAGGAUAUUUGUGUGUGAUGCCAGUACUAUAUUAGUAUUGAAUUAUGAACUACGAUAAGAAAAUCCAUCUUGUCAAAGGCUGUGGACAACGAACAACGAGCAUCGAAGCUGAGCGAAGGGUAUUUAUCAAGCAAAACGAUCACGGAAGCUGUACAAGUCAUCCUAACGGCUAGCCAUACUCCAGCGUAUACAGUGUGUGGUCCUUGGACUUUCUUGUUCAAUUCAACCUACUUCUAAUCGAAUGCACGUCUUAUACUUAAAAAAUCACGACCUAAAAGUGGUGGCGCACAUGGAGUUCAUCAGGUGAAAUCUCGUCAAACGUAUAGUAACACAAACACUCAAAUACUCGGUCCUCGUUCUACAUCGCGGAACGAGGCCCUUAUUUGCUGUCUUCGAUGUCGCCGCGGUCGUUGUCCAAUGUCGAGUCUACAAGCAGAAAAAGAGGGUGCAUCAGCACCACCACCUCCACAUGAUCGUCCAGCAAGCAGUUUGUUUUUUGCCAAAUGGACUGUUGUUUACCCCACCUUUCUAAGCUCUUAAUCUUAAAUGGAUCGAAUUGUGUGUACCGUGAUUACCUUAUGUAUACAUAGAUGUGGCUUAUUCGCGGGAUAUAGGAUAGUUUGAAAAAUUACUAUGAACUCCCUCCCUGUUCUAGUAGUAAUGAAUGAAGCGGUCAGUAGCUUGUGGCGCCGAGUGGACUAUAUUGAACAUGAUGUAAGGGAACCGAUAGUCGGGAAAGAGAACCUUUUUCCCUUUAAAUAGGUCGCUACAGUCAAAGAUCGCACCGCCUCCGACCACGAUCGACCUUCAUGCACGUGUUGUGAUUAAUUGGUAAAACUAUAUCUUGUUUUAUGCGUCAAUUUUGGUAAUCGAACGUACCGUCAUUUUAUACUCUGACCCUCACGCAGAUUAGCGUGAGCUUGUUAUUCUUCCUAGUACCAAGCAAGCAAACAAGAAACAGAAACAAACUCGUAAUUACAUUUACGCUGAUCCAUAGGUAGAGAGAUUAAAUGAAACAUUAUGAACGAAAGACUUAUGAACGAUGAAAGAGAGAAAGUGAGAGAGUAUGUAGACUCUUUCAUUUAGGAACAAAAGGUGAACCCAAUGGUUUCUCAUGGUUGACAAAUACUUUGACCAAGGUUCUUAUUUUAUAUUAACCUUUUUUAAAAUGUAAAACGAGAUACUCGUGUCUUCGUGCCGUACCGUACCGUGAGAAACUCGAACACAGUACGUAUAUAGUGUACUGUAAUGCCACUCUCCAUUAAAUUGCUUACAUAUGGGAGUUCAUAACACCCUUCGCUGCUUCUGCUAAGACAGACACAACAAGAAAUAGUUUUAUUCAGGCGCAUAGACGCGCGACACUCUCCCUGAUUGUGGAUGUCUCUGGGUGCAUCCAUGAUCAUCGUACCUUACUGUAGAGUAAGAAUAACCGUAAAAUAGCUUGAAGGGAACGAGGAAGAGCAGAAUGAAGGAUAAAAAACAUAGAUCAAUUUCUCGAAGUGCCACUUAAAACUGCAACCCGAAGACAUAGAAGACGAUAUAUAUGAAUGAGACAAAAGUAAGGCAAAAAACCCCCCAUGGAAUGAAGAUAGUAAGAGCAGCAGGACUAUGAUGGUAGUGAACUAUCGUUUUAAAACUUCAAAGAUGCAAAGUAGUAUGAAGUUACCCCACUCAAAGACGACCAUGGUUUUAAACCAAAGUAGGGUAGAGGGGCAUAGUAGAUGUCAAAGGGUAGCUUUUUCGAUAACGUGUCCCGGUUUGUUAUGCGAAGCAUUGCGAUGGUUUCAAGAUUGAAAGCAAGGAGGAGACGGGACGAUAUCGGAGAAUAGUAUGAGAACACGACUGCUGGCCUACCUGUAUUAGAAGAAGGCGAAUUUGAAUGCACGAUGAAGACACGCGCGUAGCAAACAUGCACGUUAUUGACCAACCAACCUUGUAGGAAAACGUGACAUCGCGUGCUUCUUCGCAGCGACGAAGAGUGGGAGGGAUCAUUCGUUUGGUUAAUUAGUGUUUAAAAAGAGCAAUGAGAGAGGGUUUAAUGUGGCUUAAAAACGUCAGCACCUUUUCCGUUUAUCGUCCUCCAGUUGUGUCUCUGCACGAGAGAGCGGCCAUCGGUCAGGUGUAUGAUGUUGUGAAGGUUUCUCUACUAUACAAGCGUAUGAUGGGCUACAUGAAGUGUGCCGUAUGAAGAACGAAUUCGAAUUUAUUUAAUUAUUUGGUAUUGUCGUUUUCUCCGCUUUUUGCUCAUGUUCAUAUUGGAUAGGGAAUGGGGUUUAAAUAGAAUGCUUGCAACGAACGGAGCGAUCCGAUUAGUCAACUUAAUGUUAGAACUAUUACUUAACCAAGCAGCGAGCAGCGAAAGAGAGUGAACAAGUGAUCGUUGAACUGUGUUGUCAUUAGGGUAGAGAUAGGGAUGUUGGACGGAACAUGAAUUCCGUUUGGCCUUUAUCUCAUUACAAGAGGAUGCGAGCUAAGCUGUGUCGCAAGGAGAGAGAGUUAUUACUCGUAUGCAGAAUGCUUUUUAACUGCAGCUACAUAUUCGCCUAGUAAGCGAUUCUCGGUUCUAAGUAUUAUGUUAUUGUUUUGCUAAAUUUUCGAUUAAAUCAUGAAGGCCAGCUGCAUUAUGAAGUGUUAUAAAGAAAGAGAGAGAUAUGAUGUAUAUUUUAAAGCAUUUUUUGCUUUCCUUUCUAAAGCUCCUUUUGAACAAAAUGUGCGGUUGUGUUAUGUUGCCUUUUAAUCUAAGCGUCAGGCUUGAAUUUAAGUAAUGAAAUGCAAAUACUGCUUUUAAGGAGGAGAAUUCAGAGUAGAUGAAAGGGUGCGAGUGAGUAUUAUGAAUUACAUGUUGAAGCGUGUUCUUUGACUAAAAGGUUUCGAAGAAAAGUACAUGAAAUGGUUAAACAUCUUUUUACAAUUUUCAAACAAAGUACAACGGACCAUUGAAUAAAGAAGUUUUUUCAAAUCUUUAUUAUUUCAUUUGUUUUUUUUCUGUUAAUUAAUUCUUUUUUUAUCAAUUAAGGCGCAGCCCAGUGCCAAGCCAUUUGCUGCGCUAAUCGGAUCUCCAUCAUUCGCCCGGAUAUCAGCAAAGAACCCGAAACAUGUUGGAAGGUAUUCAACCAAAUAGAAAAUGCCAGGAAGAAAGAGGAGUAAUUUUAAUAAGCCAUUCUGUGGGAGUUGAUUGAAAUUAGAAGUACGAUCGAUCGGUGGUUCAUUCGAGCGAAUGAAGAAUUAAUGCUCAAAACACUUUCUGGUCCUCUCUCCGCCCAUGGUCGUACAAAAUUUUAACGAACUGUUGUAACAAUGUGAUUUUGUGGUGAACGAUACAAACGAAUACAUAUAGACCUGGAAGUGGAGGAUGAUGUUAGCAAAAAUAGAAAAUUACUCUGAGUCACGCGCACGUCCCGUUCCGCCGUCUACUGCGGCGCGAGUCCGUUGCACUUCUUGUUGUUUAUUAUAACUAAAAUAAUAGUACACGAAACCAUUCAACUACUGUAUACGUACGUACGUUUAAUCGAAACGAAAUGUGAAAUCAGAAGAAAAUAGAUCAAUUGCACGAUACUUUUUCCGUGUUCUCCACGUUGCCCGGUACUUGCGCGGUCAGAUUCCAGGCCAAGUCCUUUACAU